AUGCUCUCCAGUCCUCACCAGCUCUCCUCUCUCUCCAUGCCCAUCCCCGUCCCCGCUGCAGGCAUCUUCGACAACUGCUCACACGCAGCCAGCGAUAAGGGCUGGGCGCUGGGCAUCCGCGCCCUGCAGCUCGGCGGCAAGAAGGAUGCUCGCUUCUUCUUCUCCCUCCGCACGGACCAGGCGGCCACCGCCACCGAGGUGACCGCCUACCACCGCUACCGCCCUGAGGCAUGGACCCACCUGGCCGCCAGCUACGACGGGCGGUGGAUGGCUCUCUACGUGGACGGGGCACGGGUGGGCCGCGCCAGUGGGCAGCGGGGACCCCUGCACAGCGCCUUCAUGGCCUCCUGCCGCACGCUGCUGCUGGGGGGGGACGCCUGGGGGACCACGCAUGCUUUCCGGGGACACCUGGCCGGGCUGGCCCUGUGGCGGACUGCCCUGUCCCAACCCCAUCUCCAGCGUCCCUUCCUAGAGGGGCCGGCCAGUGGAGUGGCAGGGCUGGCUCUGGCUGCCGGCUUUGCCAUUCCAGAGGAUCGCUGGGCGCCUUUUCGGGAGGGUGCCUUCCCCCGGCAGUGGGUGCUGCCAUCCCUGCCGUCCCCUGUCCUGCGGCCGCUGGGGCCCCCCACCUGCGGGCAGACUGCCUGUGAUAACGUGGAGCUGGUCUCCCACUACAACCAGCACUGGCCGCUGCGGAGUGGGAAGGUGGUACGGUACCGGGUGGUGAACCUGGCGGAGGAUGACGGCAGGCGGCCGACGGUCAGCCGGGAGCAGGUUUGGCGGCAACACUGGGCGCUUAGUGAAGCUUUCCGGCCUUACAACAUCUCCUGGCAGCUCAGCUUGCUGGAGGUGCGCAACUCCUCCCUGCGCCGCCGUGCCAUCCUCCUGGGCUGCGAGCCCAGCAAGGUGGGCAACGAGCGCUGCGACCCCGAGUGUGAGCAUCCCCUCACUGGCUACGACGGUGGGGACUGCCGCCGGCCCGGCCGCUGCUUCUCCUGGAAGCGCCGCGAUGGCGUCUGCCACAUGGAGUGCAACAACAUGUUGGAUGACUUCGACGACGGCGACUGCUGCGACCCACGGGCCACUGAUGUGGCCAGGACCUGCUUCGACCCCGACUCACCCCAGCGGGCAUACAUGAGCGUGAAGGAGCUGAAGGAGGCACUGCAGCUGAACAGCACCCACUUUCUCAACGUUUAUUUUGCCAGUUCGGUGAGGGAAGAGUUGGCUGGUGCUGCCACUUGGCCGUGGGAUAAAGAAGCCCUUACUCACCUGGGUGGAGUUGUCCUCAACCCUGCUUAUUAUGGUAUGCAUGGCCACACGAAUACCAUGAUCCACGAAGUGGGACAUGUCCUGGGGCUGUACCAUGUCUUUAAGGGAGUGAGUGAGCGGGAAUCUUGUGACGAUCCCUGCAGGGAGACUACUCCGUCUAUGGAGACGGGAGACCUCUGUGCCGACACUGCCCCCACCCCAAAGAGUAAAUUCUGUCGGGAUCCAGACCCCACCAAUGACACCUGCGGCCAGACACAUUUCACAGGAACGCCCUUCAACAACUACAUGAGUUACACAGAUGAUGACUGCACCAACACCUUCACGCCCAACCAAGUGGCCCGGAUGCAUUGCUACCUGGACCUGGUGUACCAGCGCUGGGGCCAAAGCAAGAAGCCUGCACCCAUCCCGAUCCCUCCCAUGGUCACGGGGCAGACGCAGGACUCUCUCAGUAUCUACUGGCUGCCUCCCAUCAGUGGUGUCAUACAUGAGAGGGAGCAGGACACGCUCUGUGACGACUGUGCGGAGGAUGGCACCUUCCGUCAGUAUGUGCACGAGGCCUCUUCCCCUCGGGUCUGCGAUUCCUCUGGCUACUGGACCCCAGAAGAAGCAGAAGGGCCCCCAGAUGUGGAUCAGCCCUGUGAGCCCAGCCUGCAGGCCUGGAGUCCGGAGCUCCACCUGUACCACAUGAACAUGACGGUGCCGUGCCCCCAGCCGGACGGCUGCAUCCUGGAGCUGCGCUUCCUGCACCCCGUCUACCCCGAUUCUCUCACCCUCUGGACCACGUACCUCUCCACGGGUUCUCCCAAGGCGCUGUCUGACAUUGAAGUCCUGACGGAGCAGGGGGAGUCCAUCCAUCUGGGCCCCCUGGACACCUUCUGUGAUGUCCCCUUUACCGUGAAGCUUGACAUACCUAAAAAGGUGUCCGGAGUCAAAAUCUACACCUUUGACGAGAGGAUGGAGAUAGACACGGCCCUGCUGACCUCCAUGCCCCACAGCUCUCUCUGCUCCACCUGCAAGCUGAUUCAGUACCGCGUCCUCCGCGACCCCCCAUUUGCAAACGAAUCCCCUGCCGCCCCGGCACAGGCGCACCGCCAGUUCGUCGACACGGAAGUCACACCUGGGCAGGUGUACCACUACCAGGUGCAGGCAGUCUCUGGGACAACCUCAGGAGAAGCCUCUCCACCGCUUGUCCAUGUCCAUGGAGCACCCUACUGUGGGGAUGGGAAGGUGACCAUGAUCCUGGAAGAGGAAUGCGAUGAUGGGGACUUGCUGGACGGAGAUGGCUGUUCCAGGAAGUGUAAAAAGGAAAAAGGCUUCAACUGUGUCGGGGAACCAAGCCUGUGCUAUGUGCACAAUGGGGAUGGUGUGUGUGAGCCGUUUGAGCGAACAAGCAGUGUCCUGGACUGUGGUCCCUACACGCCCGAUGGAUAUGUGGAUCUGUGGGCAGUGAAAGCCUAUGCCUCCCAUCAGGACGCGAAGUCCUGCCCUGCUUCCUUGGCCACUGGAGAGCCUGUUGUGAAGGUGUGCUUUGAGAGACCUGCAGUGCCCACCUCCCUCCUGGUCUUCCUGGCCUCCGACGGCACCGUCCCAAGCAACCAGCGCAAGCCGAGGGUCACUGUCCAGAUGAGCAACAUAGAUGGGCUGAACCGCUCUUUGGGGAUGUACGAGCUGUCAUGCCAGCACAAUCCCCUCGUCAUCAACGUGACCCAUGACCAGGAGGACGCAUCCCACUGGGCUGCUUCGGUGCUGCUCAACUUUUCCUCCCCACUCGUUGGCAUCGCAGCCGUGGCCUUGAGGACCUCAGCUCAGGCUGGUUCCUCUGACCCCACCACUUGCCUCCUGCAAAAUGAGGAGGGCCAUGGCCACCAGCAUUACAGCUGCAUCCACGGUGCCUGUGCAGGAUUGGGAAGCUGCAUGCAGCCGCUGCUUGCUCACGCUGCCACCCUCAACUGUACCUCUGAUGGCCCAAGGCACAUGGCAUGCACUGUUGCCUGCGAAAAGGGCUUCGUCCUCCGCUCCAGCAAUGGGAAGAGCCUGGGCUCCACGCAGCAGGAGGUGGUGCUGAUGUGCAGCUCAGGAUGGUGGGACAGAUCUGUGACUUGUGACCCUGUUGACUGCAGUGUCCCUGACCAGUCCCAUGUGUACUACGCCGAGUUCUCCUGCCCCAAGGGGACCACCUACCUGCAGAGAUGCUCCUUCUCCUGCAUCCACCCAGCUAAGCUUCAAGGAACAAACCAGUGGCUGACCUGCCUGGAGGACGGUCUCUGGUCACUCCCCGAAGCCUACUGCAAGCUGGAGUGCGACGCGCCUCCAGCGGUGGCCAACGCCAAGCUCCUGGUCCCGCAGUGCCUGCAGGGGAACCACGAUGUGGGCUCCGUCUGUCGCUACAAGUGCAAGCCUGGAUACUAUGUGGCCGAGAACACAGUGGGCAAGCCUAAGAAGAAGUUCCUGAAGGUCCAGUGCCUGGAGAGUGGGCAGUGGGAAGAGGGCCACUGCGUCCCCGUGGUGUGUGAGCCCCCCCCUCCCGUCUUCGAGGGCAUGUACAACUGCACCCACGGCUUUGAGCUGGACAGCCGGUGCGUCCUCAACUGUGAGCCGCAGGGGCAACAGGUUCCCAUCAUCUGCACCAAGGAGGGCUUAUGGACAGAGGAGUUCAAACUGUGUGAGAGCUUAUGGGGCACCUGCCUGCCACCCCCGGAGCUGAAUUUCGUGGAGUACAAGUGCGAGCAGGGACACGGCAUAGGUGCUGUGUGCAUACCCUCCUGUAUUAUACCUCCCAGUGACCCUGUCAUCCUGCCCGAAAAUGUAACUGCUGAGACUAUGGAUCACCGUCUGCAGCCCACCAGAGUCCAGCAUAUUGUGUGCACAGGCAGGCUGCGAUGGUAUCCAGACCCCUCUGUCAUUCACUGCAUCCAGUCGUGCGAGCCCUUCCAAGCAGACGGCUGGUGCGACACCAUCAACAACCGGGCAUACUGCCAGUAUGACGGGGGUGACUGCUGCUCUUCCACACUGUCCUCCAGGAAGGUGAUCCCAUUUGCUGCUGACUGUGACCAGGACGAAUGCACGUGCCGUGACCCGGCAGCCGAGGAGAACCAGUAG